CUUUCUCUCUCUACAAUUUUGUUUUAUGAUUAUAUUUUUAAAAUAAUAUUUGUAGAGUAGUAUAAUAGGAAGAAAAGAAAAGAUGGGAGCUUUGUUUUGUUAUGGCCGUUUGUGAAUUCUCUCAAAGGCACAAACAAAGUCUUCUCUUUCACACCUUUCAAUCUCAAGAAAAACAUGGGAAGAAGAAUCUAGGGUUUGACAACACCAAGUCCAACAAGGUCUGGUUUUUUUGUUUUUGGUAUUUAGUCCUUUGUUUUCUCCUAGUGAAAUAGUUGUUCCUGCUUUCAUCCUUGUCUGUCUUUCUUUUUCUUUCUUUCUUUGUUUUAGUCAGUUUUUACAGGCCCUGUUAAAUCUGAUCUUCUUCGCCUUCUCUGUUUGAGAAAAGGAAAAAAAAUGGCCUUUUAAGCUAAAUUUUGUUCAAAUUCUGUUGAAAGAGUCCUUUUUGGGUCUUUGGGUGAUCUGAAAAUUGAAUUUUGAGGAUGGCCCUACUUUUUUUCUUAAAGAUCUAAUAUUUUAGUAAACUUAGCUGUUUCUAUGGUAUUUUUUGCUUUAGGUAAUUUGGGUUUGGGGAAUUAGUUUUUUUUUUUUUUUUUGGGUUUGGGAGUACCAUGGAGGAGGUUGAGGAUGCUAACAAGGCAGCAGUAGAGAGCUGCCAUAGAGUUUUGAGUAUUUUGUCUCAGCCUCAGGAUCAGGUUCACUAUAGAAAUUUAAUGGCUGAAACUGGGGAGGCUGUUUUUAGGUUCAAAAGAGUAGUUUCUCUUUUAAACGCUGGUUUGGGACAUGCACGAGUGAGGAAGCUAAGGAAAUUACAAACACCUUUUCCUCAGAGCAUCCUUUUGGAUAAUCCACACCAUACGGCAACUGAUUAUCCAUCCAAGAAUAUGCAGCUUGGUUACCAUGAAAGCUCAGUUCAGGAAUUGAGUUCACAUGCUAAAACUUCUCUCUAUUUAGGAAACCCAUCUUUGGAACUGAGUUCAAAUGGGAAAAACCCUCUUCAAGUUGCGCAACAAGGGCCAUCCGGGCACUACCUGUAUCUCCAACAGCAGCAGCUGCAACAAAGGUUACAGCUCCAACAGCAGCAGCAGCAGCAACAGCAACAACAACAGCAGCAAAUGAAACAUCAAGCUGAAAUGAUGUUUAGGAAGCGUAAUAGUGGCAUUAACUUGAAUUUUGAUAGCUCUAGUUGCACACCUACCAGGUCAUCGACUAGGUCAUUCAUUUCUUCCUUGAGUAUAGAUGGUAGUGUAGCUAACUUGGAUGGUGGGAGUGCCUUCCAUUUAAUUGGGGCGCCUCGAUCCUCAGAUCAGGGUUCCCAACCGAAGAAGAAGUGUUCUGCUAGGGGAGAAGAUGGGAGUGUCAAAUGUGGAAGUAGUGGUAGAUGCCACUGCUCGAAAAAGAGGAAACAUAGAGUAAAGAGAUCAAUCAAGGUGCCUGCUAUCAGUAGCAAGCUUGCUGAUAUUCCUCCUGAUGAUUAUUCAUGGAGGAAAUAUGGGCAGAAGCCAAUCAAGGGUUCUCCUCACCCUAGGGGAUAUUAUAAAUGUAGCAGCAUGAGAGGUUGCCCUGCAAGGAAACAUGUGGAGAGGUGCUUGGAAGAGCCAUCCAUGCUUAUUGUUACCUAUGAAGGUGAGCAUAACCACCCAAGGUUACCCUCACAAUCAACAACAUAGAUCUCACUGGAAACUUUUGUAAGAUCGCUUCAAGCCUUUGGAUGUUCAAUCAGUUACCAUUUUAAUGGUUGGCUUGACUUGCUCCUGUACAUAUUUUGCAUGGUUAAAGCAUGGGAUAUAUCGGAGCAGUUUGUUUUUGUUUUUCUUUCUCCUUUUUUAGGCUUAGGAGGGUUGGCUUUCCAAGCCUUUUUAACAAUUUGGCAGCCGGCAUUAAGCCUAGUGCUGGACCAAAAGAAAUUGUAGAAUUGGGGUUUAAACUGUAAGAACUCUUCCAUCUUUCAUGGCAAUCAAUGCUUGAAAGGAGUUGAACCUUUUGAUGUGAAUGAAAUGCCAUCAGUGCUGCCCAAGGUGGUGUUGGUAUUGGA